AUGACCAUCACAGAAAAACUCGCGGACCUUUGCAAUAUAAACAUCAACCCAUGCAGCAGCACCAGCUCCCAUCGCGCCUGCGGAUGCAUCACGCGCGGCAUACCCGGCGCCAGUUUCUGCGCCCUCGUCGCCACCGCACGCAUCGCCGCCUCGUACUCUGCAAACCGCUCGUCCACCGCAUCCUGGUGUCGCAUCAGGGCGCGUGCGAGGCUGCAUGCGCCUGUCAAGGCGAGCGUUGCCCCCAUGCCGGACAAGGGCGAUGCGCAGUACCUAAGUUCAGCGCCAGUGAUUGCGUCUUGCCGAGCCGACUUCCCAGGUUGGCCUUCUUACCCUGCGUCGCCAGGCGAGGACCACGCGGCCGGUGCUCCAGGCGUCCAUCUUGACCUGCACCAGCGCGUUGUAGUAAAGGUCCUGGGCGUCGGCCAUGCCGCGCACGAGAAGCAGUCGCGCGUCCGUGUCGUUCAUGACGGUCAUGAAGACGGUGCAACGCUCGCCGAGGUCGUCGGGUCGGAGCAUGAUGGCCCUGCCGCGCGUGGUGUGAAACCAUUUGCGCCACUUUGUGUCGUGCACCUCCCGUGGGAUGCUGAAAAAGGCACCGUACACGCCGAGGCUGUGUACUGCUUUCUGCUCCUGCUCGACGCCCCAGACGAGUCUUCUCGUCUGGCUCUGGGAGCCGUCUACGCCGACGACGACGUCACGAGCUGCACCCCUUCUUCGCCCGUGGUGGCGGCGCGAACAGCAGCUUCCAAGCCGAGCUUGCGCGGACAUCAAUGUUCUGGCCGUAUGGUCGAAGCUCGGACGCCCACUCCAGGAUUGUGA